AUGGCGGAAGAGCAGCCGCCCCAGCCCAGCGUCGAGCCCGUGUCGAGGCCGUUGGAUCUCAUCCCCGUCGUAAUCAAAGAAGCCGCCCUCGAUUCGCCCACGUUCCGCGCAACCGCCGUGCAUUACGGCGACCAGAUCGAACUGAUCGAAAGAUGGCUCGACGCCUUCAUCCGCGCCGCCUCGAAGCUUGCAGCCGAGUGCAGCAACAUGCAGGCCCUGGUCGACGCUUAUGUCCAGACGGCGCAUCCGCCGCUGCAGCUCUCCGAGGCGGUUGUCGACCAUGACUACACAGUGCUCGCCCUCAAGCGCUUUGGCGAGGGCGCGCGCGAAUACUGGAACAGCGCAUUGCGCUGCAUGAAGCGGGCUGAGAACACCAUGUGCGAGCCGUUGCGGGCCUUUGUCAAUAACGACCUGCGCAUGCUCAAGGAGGCCCGCAAGAACCUCGAGUCGACACAGCGCAUCUUCGAUGCAGCCAUUGCGCGCUAUGCCGGACAGAUCAAGUCAAAAGAGGCCUCAUCGCUGAGAGAAGACGCCUUCCAGCUGCACGAAGCGCGGCGGGCAUACCUCCAGGCCAGUAUGAACUUUUGCGUGCUGGCGCCCCAGAUACGCCUGACGCUCGACAAGCUACUCGUCAAGGUUGUACACGAGCAGUGGCGCGAAAUGAAGUCCGGGACCGAGUCAGCUGCCAAGGGCUUCACCAUGUGGACGUCGGACGUCGAGCGUGUGCGCGGCUGGAGCAAGGAGAUGGAGAACGGCGAGCGCGUCUUCAAGAGAGAACUGCACCUUGCGCGACAGCAGGUCGAGGGCGCGGCCGAAGCAAGCGCACGACCAUCGCGAGACCUCGACUCGUAUGCUGCCUCGACAGUUCCCUACCUUGGCACAGCGCCCUCGUCUGCGAAUCUGCAAUCGCCCGCAAAGCCCGACCCCGGAAGCGAAAAGGCCGAAAAGCAAGGCUGGCUGUUCCAGCGCACAAUCACGGGCAAGCCCGCCAGGACCUACUGGGUCAGGCGGUGGUUCUUCGUCAAGAACGGCAUCUUCGGCUGGCUCACGCAAGGGACGCGGUCCGGUGCUGUCGAGGAAUCUGAAAAGAUUGGCGUGCUGCUCUGCGGUAUUCGACCGGCUUUUGCAGAGGAGCGACGCUUCUGCUUUGAAGUCAAGACCAAAGAUACCACCAUUCUCCUCCAGGCUGAGACGCAAACCGACAUUACACAGUGGAUCUCCGCGUUCGAGGUCGCCAAGCGUAAAGCGCUCGAAGAUACUUCAAAGGAUCUCUCUGGCACUGGGUCCAUUGACGCCGCAUUCUCCAUCAGCCCACCCGUAGCCCCUGAAUUUGCCGCAAAGACCUCUGAUGGCGAAGAUGGCCUCAAUCUGGACCGCGCAGAAACUCUUAAUCCCCAAAGCAGCGAUGGCCUUGCCGUACGUGGUAGUUUUGAUGUGACGUCUCGGCGCGCCACAGGACUCGAAGGCGAAACCACUCGUCGUGAUCAUACGGCGAGGAUCAUGGAGAAACUGGACCUUACGCGAAAAUCAACAAUAGGCCCUCAGCUGAGCGGGAAAGACGCCUCUGCUUCCUCGAGUAGCGGUAUUGCUAGCCUCAUAUCCGCAAGCCUUGCUUCAGCUAGCCAUAACAUUGUGCAAGUUGGUCAGGUUCCUGCCCCGGCACCUGGGCUCCCUGACACUCGACUAGUCAUGGGACAAACGCUCCCGUAUACGACUAUUGCGCCUUCUACACUGGCCAGCCCACCAGCACCGACAAACCUCAGCAAAGCCGCUGUCGCCGUGAGUGGUGAGCGCGGCCUAGGUAGCGGCCGAUCAGGCAACAUGCCGGGUGGGCUCAUGGCCAACUUGUGGGGCUCAGUCAACUGGGGAUAUGUUAAUGUGGGAGGUCACGAAGAUUCUCCGACCCGCGACCGUAGCCGGUCUGGACCCCUAAGCCCAGUAGACGAUCUUAGCACCGAGAAGAUCAAAUCCGCAAAUGGGCCAACCGCCCCAGCUGCCGUAGUGCAUCGCAAGUCAGCUAGCUUGGGCGGGCCAAUUCCCGCUCCCGCCAGCGAGUUGGCUGAGGAAGAGGAAUUCCCGAGCUGCUAUCCUCUUGCUCUACGUAUGCAGGAUGCCCAGUUCCGCAUACUGUUCCCUACUGUGCCACGAUCAGAGAAGAUGGUCCUAGUAUUUCGCGCAGUGUGGAAUCCAACCGACCUGCAAGAGUUCCCAGGUCGUGUCUACGUUACAACCAAGAACAUUUACUUUUACAGCAACCAUAUUGGUCUCGUUCUCGUUACUAGAAUCAGCAUGGCUUCCAUUGAUGAAGUCACGGCUGCCCCCGGCAAAGACUGCGAUUUCUUGUUCCUUCAUUUCAAGCCCACCGCAAGAGAAGACGGCUCGACCAGGAUUACCGUAAAGACCUUUCUUGAGCCUCCGAAGCUGCUCCUGCGACGUCUAAACUUCCUCGUUCGCAAUGUUGCUUCAAGCAACCAAACCCUCGAGGAGACAAUCAAGACUCUGAUCAAGUUUGAAUCAGAUGAGAGCCAAUAUUCAGCGGGUGAAGAAGGUUGGGAGGAUGUUUCUCCAGACACGCCCAUGGAUCCAGCAUAUAUUGGCAGGAAUUUGAAGGCCAGUCUGCGCAUCGACGGCAACUUGUUUGGACCACCUGGUGCCACUGUGAGUAGGAGCGCCACUAAGUUCAAGUUGCCGAAUCAGGCUGUAGUCUUUUCUCCUGCUGGCAUGACGCAAGUCGCUGUGGAGCGGGAGUACGACAUCAGCGCAAAGGGGUUGUUCCACAUUCUCUUCGGUGACAAGAGCGCAGUCUUCCAGCUGCUAUAUCGCGAACGAAGCGCAACGCGUGUUGUGCAGGGUCCAUGGACUGCAAGCGAAAACAGCCUUCAGCGAAGGGACUUUGAGUAUGAGAUUGCGCAGCCAGGAAAGAAAGAUGCAAUCGUCAUAAACGACUACCAGGUCAUAGAAGUGCUAAACGACCACCUCUGUUACGUCGUGUCUGACCGGAAGACGCCCUGGUAUCUGCCUGGCCACGAGCGCUUCGUACUUGUGAGCAAGAUUGUCGUCACGCAUGUCUCCAAAGCGCGGUGCAAGCUUGCUGUUCAUACAAAGGUCGACUGGAAACGCAACCCGCGCUUUGCAAAGAAACUCAUUGAGCGUCAAGCCUUGCAGGACAUCGAGCUUGAGGCGCAAGAUCUGGUGGAUGUGGUCAACGAUCAGAUUGCAAGACUUGGCCACAACAGAACCACGAAUAAAGUCAUCAGCAUCUUCGGCCAGAUUGGCACGCAAACCCAAGCUUUGCAGCUGGAUGUGCAGGACAUCCCGCCACCCAAUAGACCUCGCAAGUUCAAGUUACAGCCUCAGACCACUGGAUCGUUUAUUGCGCAGUACAUUGGCAAUAUUGUCAUCAGCAUAGUCUCGACUGUUAUGAGCUGGAUACUAGCAAUAUGUGCUGGGCUUGGCAAGGUGAUUUCGGCGCACACUCUGCUCUUUGGUCUUUUGCUGUUCAGCGGCGGUGUUAAUUUCUUCUACACGUCGAGAGACGGCUGGACCUGGUGGCAUGAGCGAGGCGCUGCCAACUACAUGGCGCGAUUGGGAGUUGGGCCAUCGACCACAAUGACACGCUCCAUCUAUAUUCGUGACAUUGAGGAGUCAUUCCUACACACGAAUGCUACAAGCAUCAAACUGUCAGCGCCUGUUCCCAGCACUGACAACCGAUGCCACCAAACAUUUACCACACUCCUCCACGAUCCGUAUGCGACAAGCCCGACACAAACCUUCUACAAACCCUCAACACACAGCACACAGCGUCUCCAUCGUACUCGCCAGAAGCUCGGCUCGCACCGCCACGACCUGCUCGUCGCACUGCGCGUCAUCAACCGCAUUGAGAAGGAGGUGGUAGAGGCAGAAUACGAGAACUGGCUGCUUGAUGAAACCCACAAGUGUAGCAAGGUCGGAAUGCUAUUGGAAGGUGCAGCUAGAAAGGGCAAGGAAAAACAGGUAGAAGAAUGGGUCAAGGGGUACUGUGGUGAUUGCGAGAAGAGUUUAAAACUGGUUGAAGAAGAGCGGAGGGGACUUGCAUGAGUUUUGGGGGUGGAUUCAGUGUGUAUACGU